AUGUUGAUCGCUAGGGGAGAGUUUGCAGGGUAUGUUCAAGGGCUGGUGCAAGAACAAAAUCGUCCAGCUGAGCAGGUCAAGAGAAACCAAAAACCAAACCACCAUAACGCUCAGCCCGUACGGAUUAUCAACGCAAUCCAUGGCCGACCUGAGCAGGCCACAGAAUCCGAGGAAUUGCUUCGAACAAGCCUCCGCCAAACGCAAAUGAAGAGGCGAGUAGGCAGUGUUAACACCCUGCACCAACAGAGCUCGGCCGUGCAGAUACGGUUCGAUAAAACAGACCUGAUGCGAGUUCAGAUUCCGCAUGAGGAUCCCUUGGUUGUUAGUUUGACAGUGGCAGAAUGCUUGGUACGAAGAGUGUUUGUCGAUUCGGGUAGCAGUGCGAAUGUCAUGCCUAGAGUCACUUUUGAUCGGCUUGAAAUUAAGUCAAAUGAGCUCAAGUCUACUGGAAAUCCGUUGUUAGGGUUUGAUGGCAAACGAGUCGAACCAAUCGGCACAGUGGAAUUGGUGGUCCGAGCAGCUGAGAGGGACUUAGUCGAACGUUUUGUGGUGGUGGAGAUCUAUCCCUCCUACAAUUUGUUGAUGGGGAGAAAAUGGAUCUAUAGGGUACAAGGAGUCUCCUCAACCCUACACCAAGUGAUGAGGUGCCUAAGCCCAGACAGGAGCAAGGUGAUUGAUAUCCAUAGGGAUCAGGUUGCAGCAAAAAAAUGCUAUUCAGUGACUCUAAAGGCCGCAGGGAAGGGAAAGGCUCCCAUCCGAUCUGUUAAUACGCAAUAA